AGCUCUAAGCUUUCCAUUGGUGGAGAGCCCCUGCCUUCCUCCUCCUGCUCAUCUGACUAAACCAAAUAGGCUUUAUAUGAGCCGGCUUAAGGAAGAAGCUGUGCUAGCUUGUUUUUUUUUUUUAAUCUAUUCUUUUCUACUGUUAAAAUGGUAUCCAGGAUAAAUCAGAACUUUCAUCUGGAUUGUGAGAAAUCUCUCCAUGGUGUCAUAAAUGCAUCACUGCACGCCAGUUAUGUUUAUUUCACCCUGGCCCUUCACUUUGCUCGGCAUGAUGUAGCAUUAAAAAACCUCAAUAAGUUCUUCAAAGAAAGGUAUCAGGAGAAGAUAGAACAAGCAGAGAAAUUGUUCCUGUACUUGCACAGGAGAGGGGGACACAUCUCUCUCUAUGACAUCAAGAAACCAGAAAUGAGUGAAUGGGCAGGUUCCCUUGAUGCUCUGGCCUCAAGUCUGGAAGUUGAGAAAUUUGUUAAGCAAUCCAUGUUGGACUUACACCGAGUAGCAAGGCGGAAUUCUGAUCCAAAUCUCUGUAAUUUUUUGUGGCCGCUGAUAGACGAGGAAGUGACCAUCAUGAAAUGUCUGGCAGAUCAUAUCACUACCUUAAAGCGCUUGAGAUCGCCACCUUUUAAGUCUGGAGAGUACAUGUUUGACAAGCACACUCUAGGAGAAAGCUGCAAAGUCCCACACUGAGACCCCAAGGCGGGGGCGGAUCCUUGAGCAUAGACAAUUGAUGAACAACAUCCCUGCAGCUCUUUCCUCACAAUGCGAAAAAUAAAUUAUUUGGCAUUUCAAGUGCUGUU